AUGAUUAGACAAGCUACAAUAGCUGCUACAACAGCAACCGGUUUUGUGUGUGUUGACCGUCCUGUCGACUUCUCAUUGACCGUGACUUCAAUCUUCAUCCAGAAGUACGGUGAGCUUCAAGAAACAAUGAAGUCUGAAGCUACAGAGUUGUUGCUGACAACAAUUAGGGAAGCGACACCUGCUUUUUGCCGUACACAAUUAGAAAAAGCCAUCCAAAACAGCCUCGUGAUACUGUUAAGUAUCAACAACUUGUUGACGUCUGGUGUGAAUGACAUUGUCCAGAUGGCUAGUAAUGCGACCGUCGACAUUGCUACAGAGUACAUCACCAAAAUAGCGUGUGAAGAAGGGAGAAGAGCCCUAAUGCUACACCUGGAACGAAGACUCGACUACAGAUCGGGCCAACCUCAUGUGAUCAAAAAGCUUCCGCUUUAUCUACAACAGCGGUACAGCGUAGACGACGAUACAGAAGGUUCCUUAGGAUCAUCUGGCUGUUUAACGCCUUUGUCUACAGAUAGUGGAAAUAUGAGUAUAUAA